UCUGAGCAUGGGGAACCACCAUUUUCAUUAGACUUGGGGUAAAGCCUGGGCUUGGGGAAUGUUCUUCCUCGACUGGUGGAGCAGUAGGACAGUCUCUAAAGCUGUUUUUGGGGCAGCGCUGAGACAGCUGGGCGUAGAGCUCCCGGGAAGGCAUAGCAGCCGGCGGGAGCGCCCCUCGGACUGGGGUUCAGCGGGGCGACUGGAAGAGGCGUGGAAGCUGGACUGCAGCCGCCAACCUGAGCCAUGGAGCACCGCGCCCUUCUGCUCCUGCUCCUCGCUUUCCUGACGCCCGGGGCCCCCAUCCCCGUACCGCCGGCCCUGAAGGCCCUCAGCAACCUGCACUUGUCAACCAGAUUAACAUCCCGCCCCGCUAUAGACAUAAAGUACUCGAUUCACUACAUCCAACAAAAGGUUGAUCAUUUUGGAUUUAAUACUGAUAAAACUUUUAAGCAGCGGUACCUAAUAGCUGAUAAACACUGGAAGAAAGAUGGUGGGUCAAUACUUUUCUACACUGGUAAUGAAGGGGACAUUACCUGGUUUUGCAAUAAUACGGGGUUCAUGUGGGAUAUGGCUGAGGAACUGAAAGCUAUGUUGGUGUUUGCUGAACAUCGAUACUAUGGAGAGUCCCUACCCUUUGGUGCCAACUCAUUCAAGGAUUCCACACACUUGAAUUUUCUGACAUCAGAACAAGCUCUGGCCGAUUUUGCAAAGUUAAUCAAACACUUGAAAAGAACAGUCCCAGGAGCUAAAAAUCAACCUGUCAUUGCCCUAGGGGGCUCUUACGGUGGCAUGCUUGCAGCCUGGUUCAGGAUGAAAUAUCCUCAUAUGGUGGUUGGAGCUCUUGCAUCCUCUGCCCCCAUCUGGCAGUUUGAGGAUUUGGUACCUUGUGGUGUAUUUAUGGAGAUUGUAACUGCAGAUUUUAGGAAAAGUGGCCCAAAUUGUUCAGAGAGCAUCCGCAGGUCCUGGGAUGCCAUUAGACGACUCACAAGUACGGGCCCUGGCUUGCAUUGGCUUUCUGAAGCCCUUCGCUUAUGCAGCCCAUUAACAAAUUCUCAGGAUGUCGAGCACUUGAAAGACUGGAUCACUGAAACCUGGGUAAAUCUGGCAAUGGUGGACUACCCUUACGAGUCUAACUUUUUACAGCCUUUGCCUGCUUGGCCGAUCAAGGUAGUAUGCCAGUAUUUGAAAAAUCCCAAUGUAUCUGAUCCACAGUUGCUGGAGAAUAUUUUCCAAGCUCUGAAUGUGUAUUACAAUUAUUCAGGCCAGGUGAAAUGCCUGAAUAUGUCAGAGACAGCAACUAGAAGUCUGGGAUCCCUGGGUUGGAGCUAUCAGGCUUGCACAGAAAUGGUCAUGCCCUUUUGUACUAAUGGUAUUGAUGACAUGUUUGAACCUCACUCAUGGAACUUGAAGGAAUUUUCUGAUGACUGUUUUAAACAGUGGGGUGUGAGACCAAGACCUUCCUGGAUCACUACUAUGUAUGGAGGCAAAAACAUCAGUUCACACACCAACAUCAUUUUCAGCAAUGGUGACCUAGACCCCUGGUCAGGAGGUGGAGUAACUGAGAACGUCACAGACACCUUGGUUGCGAUUACCAUCCCAGAGGGGGCCCAUCAUCUAGAUCUCCGAGCCAACAAUGCCUUUGAUCCCACGUCUGUGCUGUUAGCCCGCUCCCUGGAAGUUAGAUACAUGAAGCAGUGGAUCAAAAAUUUCUACGCCAGCCUGAGAAAGAAGCACUGAGCAACUUUUGAUCAUUUUCAGUUUGUUUUAUGUUGAUUUCACUCACAUUCCCAUUCACUUUGGUUUUCUACAUGUAAUUACUUUCCUUUGUUUAUCAGUAGAUGUGGCGAGGUGAAGGUUGAGAUAGAAAAGAGGGUGAUGGUGGCAACAGCAGCCAUCCCACACCCUAGGUCCUCGCCAUCUUUGUGCCACCUCCAGGAAGAAUCUCUUCAUGACAGCUUUCCCACAGCAUUAGUGGCCCUCACAACUGGAGCAGAGUUCCCAACUGCCUUUCACAAGAGGGAGAGUCACUUCUUUUGUUUCUCUGAAAGCAGGAUUUCUCUUCAUUUUGAGGUUGAAGUUUCUUUGGCCCAUUUGUCACUCUCCACCCCUGUCCUCCCAAAAGGAAAAGCUGAACAUAGAUAAAAAUGAUGUAAUUGCAGCUGGUAGGAAGGAUGUCCAAUGCCAGUCCAGGAAAUGGAAGCCAUUUCUUUUGUACUUGAUUUAAUUGCUUUGAACUAUGCUGUAAAUAAAGAAUAAGGCUGGACCUUAUACCUGUGUGUUGCUUCUGAAGCUCACUCCAGCUGUUGAGAAUGCUGUGUGCACUGGGCCUGGCUGUUUUUGGAAAGUCCUUUAAUUUUCUCUCUUCUACUUGGCAGCUUUUCUUAGUUCUGGGAUAUUUGCCACUGUGGUACUGCCAGUAAGAAAUCUGGCCUUUUUCUGCUCCAUUUCUCUUUGUUUCUGAGGUCAGUUUUGUGGUAAUUUGGUUUCACUUUACCAGUUUAGGAAAAUGACUCUGUUUUGCUUUUCCUUUUACAUCAGAGCAAGUUUUUAUAUGCUAUAGUCACUGAUAAUACUUCAGUAAGAAGCCUUGAAAAACUGAUGAAUCUCCUAUUCAGAAGGUAGAAUGCAGUUAUGUUUGGCAUUUUGUUUUUUAAAUUUUAUUUUCUGGUGGUUGCUGCUGCUGUCAUUAAAGCCAGAAGUGUCAGGACACUAAGAGGCAGGUGCACGAGAACUUUUCUGUAUGGCUUCCAAAAGACAAGCUGACUAAUUCAUGCAGGCAGCAUAUUUGACAUUAAUAAAUGGCCGAGCUGUUCCUAUUUCCAAGGGGUUGGCUUCUUUCAAGCAGUUCUUACACUGAGACUUUUCUUCAGAAGAGCUUUUCUAGGAUAACAAAUAGAGUUGGAUCAAAACCUUUCAGGCGCACAGAGAGAGACUAACAGUUUCUACUCUGUUGAAAGAUUUCUUCUCCCUUGUUUCUUUUUAUUUUCUCUCAAUAAAUUUUUUUUCAUCACCCA